AAAAAAGAUAAACUCUAUAAGCAGUUCAUUAAUUCUAGGGACUCAACUACUGAGUUAAAAUACAAACGCUAUCGGAACAAACUGAAUCAUCUUAUAAAAAUUGCUAAACGAAAGUACUAUGAUACAAAAUUUGAGAAGGCUAAAAAUAACCUGAAAGAAACUUGGAAACUAAUCAAUGAUGUAAUCAACAAACCGAGCAGAAAAGCAGCUCUGCCAAAUUCCUUUUUCUCUGUUGGAAAACUGUUAAAUGAUCCACAAGAAAUAGCUAACUGCUUUUGUAAGUUCUUCACCAACAUAGGUCCGAAUUUAGCAAGGAAAAUUCCAGACACACAAGUAUCUUUUCGUAGUUUUCUUGGCGUUUCUGUUAAUGAGUCGCUUAUCUUAAAUCCAACUAAUAUUUCGGAACUAAAUCAAAUAUGCAACUCUUUUAAAUCUGGAAAGUCGCCUGGAUAUGAUAACGUUUCAAUGGAUAUAAUAAAAAGCACCUUUGAUCUCAUUUCUCAGCCUUUGGCCAAUGUAAUCAAUUUGUCUCUUAUUAAAGGAGUAUUUCCUGAUGAACUGAAAAUUGCUAAACUGAUUCCGGUAUUUAAAGCUGGUGAUUCCCAGUAUUUCACUAACUACCGUCCAAUUUCGCUUCUUUCUAAUUUUUCUAAAUUCUUUGAAAGAGUUAUGCACAAUCGUAUUACAAAUUUUUUAGAUCGUUUAGAUAUCUUAUACUGUUGCCAAUUUGGAUUUCGUAAAAAAUAUUCUACAGCGCUGUCUUUAAUUCAUCUUAUUAAUAAAAUUGCAACUGCUAUUGACAGAAGCGAAUAUACAGUUGGCAUAUUCUUAGACUUAUCAAAAGCAUUUGAUACUUUAGACCAUCAAAUACUCUUGUCUAAGCUUGAGCAUUAUGGGAUUCAUGGGCUAGCACUUAGCUGGUUGAAAAGCUAUUUGUCAAAUCGCGUGCAGUUCGUCCAGUACAAAGAGACUUGUUCUAUUAGGCUGACUCUGAGCUGUGGAGUCCCUCAAGGUUCUAUAUUAGGACCAUUAUUGUUUGUUUUGUAUAUCAAUGACCUCCCUUGUGCUACUCGUCUUGCUGAAACUAUGCUUUUGCAGAUGAUACUAGUGUGUUUUAUUCUAAUCCCGAUUUAAAUUGUGCUAUUUCUGCCGUAAAUAAUGAUUUAUCUCAAAUUGAUCUUUUUAUGAAAGCAAAUAAGCUCUCUGUUAACAUAACGAAAACUAAUUAUAUCAUUUUUGCAGCAAGGCAAAAACCAGUCGGCUUCCCAAUAAAUCCUGUCUUGUACGAUGAGGUUUUAUUAAAACAAGUAAAGGUAGUUAAAUUUUUAGGGGUUUUUAUCGACGAGCAUCUAACGUGGAAGCCGCAUAUUACUUAUAUAUGUAAGAAAAUUUCAAAAUCUAUUGGCGUCAUGUUUAGGUCUCGUUUCUUUCUUUCUGAAACAACAAAAAGUCUCUUUAUUAUACCUUAAUUUAUCCUUAUUUAACAUAUUGUACCACAGUUUGGUCCUCCACUUAUGUAACAAACCUUAAUAGAAUUUUUCUUCUACAAAAGCGAGCAGUACGAAUUAUUACAAAUGCAGAUUUUCGCGCGCUCUGA